GAGACCUUUUAUUUCAGACACAUGGUACAGUUAUGCUUACUCAAGAGAACGAGUAUUACAUACGAUUGAUUCUCCUGUUGCUAAGAGGUGGCACACUAGUUCUAAAACAAGUGUUUUUGAAAAAGCUGGAAGAUCAAGGUUCACAACUGAAUGCGUUUCUUCAAAUUAACAAAGAGGCAAUAAAGACAUUAAAGGAAGGAAAAGUGCUAACGUUAAAACAAUAUAACAUUCUUUACCCUGUAAAUGGCAGUGUAACAGAAAUUUGUGAAUGGGAUAUAUCGUUACUUGCAUGUGUAUUAUUGAACUUUUUUGUUCAGUCAUUUCAAAAGUCAGAGGAAAAAGCGAUAGAAAAUAUCCGAACGUUUAGGAAUGACUUUGCUGGUCACCAUCCAGAUGGUUGCAUUGACGCAAGGACAUUUUUCAGAAAGUGGAAUCAACUUUCUAACUUUAUUACAAAUCUUGGAAAUGGACUAAGCAGCAGCGAACGCUCAGAUCUUGCAGAAUUAAUAAAAUGUGUCGGGGAUGACCCUAUUGAGAUAAGACGUGCUAUUCAAGACAUAAAAGAUGCGACUGGUACUAAGGAUCAGUUUAUGGAACAUGUCAGUCAAUUAUUAGAGCACCUGUCUCAUACAGUAGAACAAUUAAACAGUCGUCAAGAUGAAAUGUCAAAAGUUUUACAAGAUUCACAAACAGACAUAAAGGAACUUAAAAACAGCAAUCGCAAUGUUUCAACAAGAAUGUUACAACUUUAUUACAAACCCAACUGUCAAAACUUCCGCCAUUUUGUUAUGGUAUCUUAUUCCGGUAACGUCACACAGGAGAGACAAAUGGACCCAGUGGUUGCACGUUUUUCCCCUGAUUACAUUAUCGCAAUGUCCCCACUUGACAAAAAUGAUGAAGAUACUCCUGUAAACUUCCUCUGGAGUGUAUCUCCUACACUGGCAGCAUAG